UGAUAAAGGUCUGACCUUGAACGCAGAAUUUAAAAAAGCGGACAGUAACGCAAAGUCCAUUGCAGGAGUCUGCUUCAGGAGAAGCUAAAGCUAGCUAGCUGUCAUUUGAUCAAGAGCUGCAGCGGUGUCUGGAUUUUUUUUUUUUUUUUUUACAGGCGUUUUUUGUUGUUUUCUGGCUCAAUAAUAUUUCAUAGUGACCAGUGAGCGAACCCACUGAGUGAGCACACAGUUAUUCUGCUGUCUUUAAUACAUUAUCUAAUGUUACUCGUGUCAUUCCCCACCCAUUGCCUGCUAACGUUUGCUACAUAUUAAUAGGAGCGUUAAUGUUGACCAGGUUUUCACGUUUUGAGGUGUCACAGCUGCUGAGCUCGCGCGGUCAGUCGCUGAGGUGUGGCGGUUGCGCGUGACUUUCCAGGAAAUCAGUUGACAGACCUCCUGGAUUUUAGGAAGGAUCUGGAACACGUCUGUCUGUCCUUCUUUCAGAAUGCGGUGGCGCUACACGUCACUUUGGUUUUGAUUCACAUCAAGUAAACAUCUUUAAGGCAAAACGUGCUUCUGAGAGGCAUGAAUGACUUUGCAGUUCUCAACACGGGGCGGAAGAUGCCCCUCCUCGGGCUGGGGACGUGGAAGAGUGACCCGGGACAGGUGAAACAAGCAGUUAUCUGGGCACUGGAGGCUGGGUAUCGCCAUAUUGACUGUGCAGUCAUCUAUGGCAAUGAGGUUGAGAUCGGCGAAGCCCUGCAGGAGACCUUCGGCCCCGGCAAGGCCCUGAGAAGAGAGGACGUGUUCGUCACGUCCAAGCUGUGGAACACCAGGCAUCACCCCGAGGACGUGGAGCCGGCCCUCCUGAAGACCCUGAAGGACCUGAAGCUGGAGUACCUAGACCUCUACCUCAUCCACUGGCCCUACGCCUUUCAACAAGGAGACGCUCCCUUCCCCAAAAAGGAGGACGGCACCUUGCUGUAUGACGACAUAGACUACAAGCUGACCUGGGCUUCCAUGGAGAAGCUGGUGGAGAAGGGCCUCGUCAGAUCCAUCGGCCUGUCCAACUUCAACAGCAGGCAGAUAGAUGACGUCCUGUCAGUCGCCAGCAUCAAACCCACUGUCCUGCAGGUAGAGAGCCACCCGUACCUGGCCCAGGUGGAGCUGCUGGCCCACUGCCGGGACCGGGGCCUGGUAAUGACGGCCUACAGCCCUCUGGGCUCUGCUGACCGGUCCUGGAAGCAUCCAGAUGAACCGGUUCUGCUUCAGGAGCCUGUGAUGGCCACCCUCGCAGAGAAAUAUAAAAAGUCCCCUGCUCAGAUUCUCCUGAGGUGGCAGACACAACGAGGCGUGGUGACGAUCCCCAAGAGUGUGACAGAGUCCCGGAUCAAAGAAAACCUUCAGGUGUUUGACUUUACCCUCGAAGCCGAGGAAAUGAAGAGCAUUACAGCCCUGAACAAAGGCUGGCGCUACAUUCUACCAAUGAUCCAAGUGGAAGGAAAACGAGUCCCCAGGGAUGCAGGACAUCCUCACUACCCAUUCAAUGACCUCUUCUGACGACUCCCACUGCAAGCUGAAUUUGUGCCUUCACCCCCCCAUCACCAAUAAAUGUUCCUGGAGUUUGUCUUUAGAUCGUGUCAAAUCCUGCUCUUAUCAUUAGAAUUUGAAGUUACUGUUGCCGAUGAAGACUGGAAAAUCUGGUAUGCCUGUAUACAUACUAUGUCCAUGUUAUUUUUUAAAUAAACAUUUUGUUACUUCA